AAAUAACUCAAAUCGAUUUCUUUAAAUAACUUUCUUUGUAGUCAAGGAUGCCAUCACUUUCAUUUCCAACAGUAGUAGGUUCAAGUGUGAAGACAAUAGUCAAGACAGUCAGUAAUAGAGUUUCGACUCAUCAUCAACAACCUAAUCCAAAAGAUGAGAGUUCAAGUAACGAAGAUACUCAAGAAGAUACCUUAGAUGAUCCUUAUGCUAAAGGUCAAGCACGUCAUGAUUUUAAAUACGAUAUUGGGUUUGCUCUCAUCAAAAAUUUUAUCGAACAGUCUACUCAUCAUACGGUAGAAGAACUACAAGAUUUUGUCACUCAUUCUGUACCAUCACCACCUUGGAUUAAACGAAUCAAAGUCACGAUUCCUUCCAAGUUUUGCCUUAAGGCUGCAGAUCUUUUAAUUCAAUCUGAUCCAGGUUUAGUUAAAAGUGUUGGAGGUUCAACUUGGUGGCAAUGGACUAAGAACGAUCAUGGGAUUCAUGCUGAAUGGAUCGCUCCUAAAUCGGUUUGGAAAGGGUUUCCGAACGGACAAGUUGAAGAAGAAGAAGCUGAUGUGCCUACUUUGUUCUUUAUACAUGGUGGUGGAUUUUUCUUUGGUUCACUUGAUACACAUCGUUAUCAAAUCUGGAGAAUGGCAAGAAAAGCCAAAGCAAGAGCUUUCACAGUAGCCUAUAGACUUGCACCACAAUAUCCAUUUCCAUGUGCCUUGAUGGAUUGUUUAUCAGCUUAUCUAUACCUAACCGAACCUAAUCUAUCAGAAGGAUAUUUACAUAAACCGAUUUCACCUAAACAGAUUAUUAUUUCAGGUGAUUCGGCUGGUGGGAAUUUAUCACUUAGUUUGCUUUGUGUGUUACGUAACUUGGGUAAAGAGUUACCUUCAGGUGGGGUUUUGAUUUCUCCUUGGGUAGAUUUGACUCAUAGUUUUGAAAGUGUAAUGGAAAAUGGUGAUAAAGAUAUCUUACCACCUAAUGGGUUUCUUUAUCAACCUAGUGAGGCAUGGCCACCUUUACCGCAACCGUCAAAGACAUUGUCUACCCAACCAUUGACUGCAAACGGAGACCUGGCUUCAGACUCAGGAACGAGUGAAGCCCCAGUAUCGAACGGAGGAUCAAAUAUUCACAAUGAUUUGUCCAAUGGCAAUAGCUCACCCGAUGAUAAGGAUUACAUUGACAGAAACGCUAGUGUGUGUGAUGCAACGGAACAUCAGGUUCAACUAUACGCAACCAACUUACAGCUCAAUAAUCCGCUGGUCAGUCCGAUGUACCAAACUAGCUUAGGAGGUCUAUGUCCAUUGUUGAUUAUUGCAAGUGAUCAUGAAUGUUUGAGAGAUGAAGUGAUCUACAUGGCUCAUAGAGCUGCAAAACCAGAGCAGUAUCGAUUGUCAAGUAGGUUGAAAGAACGGAAUGAGAUUGAUGGUCAUGAGGUUAAUCUAAAUUGGAACCCGACCUUGGUUCAUUUACAAGUUUAUGACUCAACAUGUCAUAUGUUUUCAGUGAUGGGUUGGACUCAACCGGCUAAAUACUGUUAUCGGUCUAUGGGAAGUUUUUGUCGGUUUGUGAUCGAUUUGCAAAAAGAGAAGGAUACCAAAGUAUCUGUCAAUGAGGAUUUCGCGAAUGAUAAGAUACGAAAUGGGCAAGCAAGUGAUCCUGAUAGUUUGUUUACGGGAUCAUAUCUUGGUGAUAAACCUUUCAAAAGACCUGAAUUCGAAUCGAAUAUGGUAAGAGAAAGAAUAGAUGUAGAAGGAAAUAGUAGAUCAUUAGAAUCCGAAUCAGAAAUGAAAUGUUUAAAGAAUACAGAAAGAUUAAAAGGAUAUAUACCGAAAGAAGUGAUUGAAAGGUUUUUAGAAGGAAAAAAACAAGAACCUAAACCUAAACGAAAGAGUAAGAUGAUUGAAAAGAUAUAUGAGAUGAAGAAGAAAAGAGAGAUUGAUGAUCAAAAGGAAAUCGAACUUGAAGGAUUAGUUGAAGGAUUGAAAGUCAAGGAAGUUCCACCUCCUACGGCUAUUGCUGGUAGGAUUGAGACUAAAGAGGGACAUGCAUUGGCUUUGGAAGUUCAGAAACAGAUUGCUAGUGGACUUGAGCUUGUAGAACCGAAAUAAAGUUUGAUUGGAUUUAGUGAUGUGAUUUUGAUUGAUUUUUUAUACAUAGAGAUAGAUUAAUAGAUUGGUUAGAUUGUUUUAUGAUUGAGUGUUUUGUAAAAUUGCAUGUAGAUGAUUUGAAGUUGGUUUGAUAGAAAGUUGAUAUAUAUAUAUAUAUAUAUGGAUAUGUUUAUUUUUGAAUCAUUUCUUGUAGAUUUGAGGUUUUUUUUUAAAAAGCAAGAAGAAGUGAUAUGUAUAUCCUAUUUUUAAUAUGAUUUUUAAGUUGGGUUUGAAGUUUGCGUUUUGAAAGAUCAUUGUGGAAGAUCU